AUGGCUCCCGGCCUCACUGAGACUCCCGGCCUUCGAGGCCCGCUUGCAGCGCCUCCUCUCAAAUCCGACGCUGGGUUUAACAAGGAGAAUUUGAUUGGAUACAAGAUCGAAAAGGAGCGCGAGCUUCAGGGCACAGAGACUAUUGCCCCUGUGACAUAUCCUAACUAUCUUCCCGUAUGGGAUAACGAGACUGAAAGAUAUCCUCCCCUCGAGCCCUUCGAGCACUAUGACCACGGAAAAGACGCCGAUCCCACCUUCCCAGACCUGCUCACCGAGCAAGUCGAGGUUGACGAGCUCACCCCCUUCAUCGGCUCCGAGAUUCACGGCGUUCAAUUGAGUCAACUCUCCGACAAGGCCAAGGACCAGCUGGCCCUCUACGUCGCCAAGCGUCGAGUCGUCGUCUUCCGCGACCAAGACUUCGCAUCCCGCCCCAUUCAGGAAGUCGUCGACUACGCCGGCUACUUCGGUCGCCACCACAUCCACCAAACCUCCGGAGCCCCCAAGGGCUUCCCAGAGAUCCACCUCGUCUUCCGCGGCGCCGACGACCGCACCGGCCAGAACUUCCUCGAGCAGCGCACCAACACCAUCACCUGGCACUCAGACGUCACCUUCGAGAAGCAGCCCCCGGAACGACCUUCCUGUACCUCCUCGACGGCCCAACGACCGGCGGCGACACCCUCUUCGCCGACAUGGUACACGCGUACGAGCGCCUGUCGCCCGCCUUCAAGCAGCGUGAAUGCCAGUCUGAACGGCGGCGGCAUUGCCCGUCGUGACCCGAUUCAAUCCGAGCACCCUAUUGUCCGCACGCAUCCUGUGACUGGCGAGAAGGCUCUUUACGUGAACCCUCAGUUCACCCGUUAUAUUGUGGGAUAUAAGAAGGAGGAGUCAGAUUACCUCCUGAAGUUCCUGUACAGCCACAUCGCCUUGUCUCAGGAUACACAGGUUCGUGUCCGCUGGAGAGCUGGUACCGUCGUUGUUUGGGAUAACCGAGUCGCCUGUCACUCCGCCGUUUUUGACUGGGAAGAUGGUCAGCGCCGACACCUGGCUCGUCUGACGCCGCAGGCCGAGGCUCCUUUCGAGACUCCGUAUGAAGCGUAA